AAACUUAGAUGGCCACAUAAUUCUCUAGGCACUUUGCCACAUAAAAUUCGUUAAAUUUUCUCAAUCAUGCCCUCCAUAAUUACCCAAAACCCCAAAACAGAGCAAGAUGGGUAUUACUGUUUGUGGGGCAUGGCCGCACAGUAUAAUUAAUUAAUUCUUUAGUCCUCAAGUGAAGAAACAAACAGCAAUGUCUAGGCAAAUUUAUAGCUUUCUCUUGGAACCAGAGUUUCAAUGCAUUGAAACUGAGCUGAAAGGUGUGGGAUUUUUGGGAAGCCCAUAACCUCACAGCCUGUAAAACUAUGGCAGACAGAGAGAAGGAGAGUCCCAGAUAGCUCCAAACAACCCAUGUGAUUUUUUUUCUUGAUCGCCACACCUGAGUACCCUUUCAUUGUAACCCAGAUAUCUGAAUCUUUUCACCCAUCUCUUUUCUCUGAAUUCCACUUUCUGCCGCUUUACGGCUUAGAUCUUUGAUGUUUUGUGCUGUUAUGUGCUUCAUUUCUUGCAGCAGUUAGUUCCCUGCGCUAGAGCCAAGCUGCUGUAUGAAAUCCUUCAUUUUUGAUUUCAGAGUACUCUGUUUCUCCAUUUUUGGCUACUUUCUGCGUUGUUGUGUCUACCGUUUUCAUUCUGUUACUCCUGGCUUUGCGUUCCUAUGCUUCUUUAUCUCAGUUUGAAGAACUGAAACUAAAUCUCUCUGUUUAUGUUUGUUUCUUCUACUUGAUUAUCUUCGUCUUCUUAGUCCAUCUCGUAUUCAGUUCUCAAAGAAGAAAGGAGAGAAAGCUCUCGUCAUGUGGGAGUCUGAGAGCGAGACGUAUGGCGGAGUGAGAGAUAGGAACCUCGUCCCUGAAGUCGAAGCCGACAAGCAGGACGGCCUUAAGCCUGAUGGCUUCAUUCGCAGAGAUCAAUCAUGGUACGUCUCCAGUGACAUUCCCAGCGAUCUUAUAGUCAAAGUUGGCGAAUUAACAUUCCAUCUUCAUAAAUAUCCUCUGCUCUCGAGAAGCGGCAAAAUGAACAGGAUAAUCUACGAGACCUCACGGGAACUGGAGCCGAACGUUGUGGUGGAGCUCAACGACCUCCCCGGCGGCUACGAGGCCUUUGAGCUAGCGGCGAAGUUCUGCUACGGGAUCGCGGUGGAUCUCACAGCGGCGAACAUCGCCGGCCUCCGGUGUGCGGCGGAGUACCUUGAAAUGACGGAGGAUCUGGAGGAAGGGAAUCUCAUAUUCAAAACGGAAGCUUUUCUGAGUUACGUGGUGCUGUCUUCAUGGCGGGACUCCAUCGUGGUGCUGAAGAGCUGCGAGGGGCUUUCUCCAUGGGCGGAGAACCUGCAGAUCGUGCGGCGGUGCAGUGAGUCGAUUGCGUGGAAGGCGUGCGCGAAUCCGAGGGGAAUAAGGUGGGCGUACGGCGGUCGGCCAUCGCGCACAAAUAGUCCGAAGUGGGCGGCCGCGGCGGGGGAUUCGCCGGUGCCGGCGGACUGGUGGUUUGAGGACGUGUCUAUCCUUCGGAUCGAUCACUUCGUGCGGGUGGUGACAGCCAUCAAGGUAAAGGGCAUGCGACACGAGCUAAUCGGCGCCUCCAUCAUGCAAUACGCUGCAAAAUGGCUUCCCGGUCUAGUGAAAGACAACCCCAACGAAGACUACUCCUCCACCGCCACCGCCGCCGCCACCUCCGCCACCGGCGGACUCCACAUGAUAGUCGCCGCCGGCACCGGCCCCACCACCACCGCCAUCAGGGAAACAGAGUGGACGGGAUCCGCCGCAAGAGAACAGAGGAUGGUCGUUGAAAGCCUCAUAAGCAUCAUACCGCCCCAAAGAGACAGCGUAACCUGCGGCUUCCUCUUGCGACUCUUACGCCAAGCGAGCCUGCUGAAAGUAGCUCCGGCAUUGGUGACGGAGCUGGAGAAGAGGGUGGGGAUGCAGUUGGAGCAAGCGAGCUUAAGCGAUUUAAUGAUCCCUGCGUAUUACAGCAGGAGCGAUACGAUGCUUGAUGUGGAUUUGGUGCAGAGAUUGGUGGAGCAUUUUGUGGUGCAGGAACAGACCGCGGAAGGGGAGAGUUCGCCGGCCGGAAAACAUGGAACAAAUGCGAAGAUGAGGGUGGCUAGAUUGAUUGAUAGUUACCUGACGGAGGUGUCGAGAGAUCGGAAUCUGUCGCUCACCAAGUUUCAGGUUUUAGCGGAAGCGUUGCCGGAUUCUGCGAGGUCUUGUGAUGAUGGCCUUUACAGAGCUGUUGAUUCUUACCUCAAGGCUCACCCCGCCCUCACCGAACACGAACGCAAACGCCUCUGCCGCGUAAUGGACUGCCAAAAGCUCUCCAUCGACGCCUGCAUGCACGCCGCUCAGAACGAACGCCUUCCCCUCCGCAUCGUCGUCCAAGUCCUCUUCUCCGAGCAAGUCAAAAUCAGCAACGCCAUCGCUAACUCUACCCUCAAAGAUUCCUCCACCGCCGCCCCCAACGCCGCCGGCCACCAUUACCAGCCCAUCAUCCCCACUCGCAAGCAGCUCAUCGAAAGCACUCCUCAAUCCUUCCAGGAAGGCUGGGCCGCUGCGAAAAAGGAUAUCAAUAUGCUCAAGUUUGAGCUCGAGAGCAUGAAGACCAAGUAUGCCAAGCUACAGAAUGAGAUGGAUGGGUUGCAGAGGCAGUUUGAUAAGAUGACGGUUACGGCGGCGGUGACGACGAAGCUGGGGAAGCAUGGAUCAGCGGCCGGGACGUCGGGGUGGACUAGUGGGUGGAAGAAAUUGAGUAGGCUGACUAAGAUGGGAGGGGGGGAAGGGCAGGAACAGUUUGCUGCGGAUGCUGCGGCCAGUGGAGGUGUGGGUGGGGAAGGGGCGGCGGGAAGGAAGGGAACGAGGAGAUGGAGGAAUUCUAUCUCUUAGGUUGUGUGGGGAAGAAGAAUGAAUAGGGUUAGUGUGGAUGUUGAAGGUGGUGAAAUAAGUGUGGGCAAUGGGAUUGUAAUUCGUCUCUUGAAUUUGAAUUUUAAUUCCAUGUUU